AGGGAGGAAAGAAUGAGAAAAGUCACAGAAACACGACAAAAACUAGAGCUGGAGAAAGAUCAAAAGAGGAAUGUCGAAAUUUCAAAAGAAGAGAAGUCUGCAAAGAAAGAAGCAGAAUUAAAACAAAAACAAAGAGAAACAAUUAAGAAAAAACAAUUAAUCAGAAAACAAAAGCAAGAAGAAGUUAAAGAAAGAAAAAAAAAAGAAGAAAAUCGACUGCAAAAACUUAAAGAACAGACACCAACCAAAUCUACCCUUUUACAAAAAGCAAUACAUAACAGUUAUCAGACAAAAGAAGUAGAAGAGAAAGCAGAUAAUGAGCAGUUGUCUGAGCAGGAUACUUGUACUGUUUUAAAUGAAACAUACAAUAAAAAUGAAAAGGAUCCAGAAAGUUACGAAAUGACACCGGUUAGGAGUCGUUCAUCGAGUGGUUCCGGUGAUCCUGACAAUUAUGAUAUUGCUGACUUAAAAUCGGAUGACGAAACCGAUGAUGAAUGUGCUCCAAGAAAAAAGAUACCAAAUUGGGCUCGAGGUAUGCAACUCCGCGCAUCUCUACUACAGCAACACUGUAAUCCUCCCGAUCUCAAUGCUCUGUUUGGAGUUAUUGGUCGUCCUGAUCUUAAGGAGAUCUUUCCGAUAAAACGAGGAUAUUUUCAGAAAAGAACUAGUUCUGCAGUGUGGCCUUCCCACAGCUUUUUAUCAAAUUGAAUGCAUAAAUGCAAAUAAAAUGUAACUGUGUGUUUUAAUUCCAUUUAUUUCAUGAUUUUUAAGCAAAAUUAUUAGUUAUUUUUACAAUAUAUAUUAUUUCAUAAUUAUGAUUUGAAAUGAAGACCAUAAUCACUUAUAAAAAAUUUUGUUUAAUUUAAUUAAAAGAAGCAUGUAUGGGUCAUAAUUGCUAUUUCUAUUUUAAUUUCUAAUUAACUCUGUUUUGUGAAUUUUGAUUAUAGAAAAGUUCAACCUGCAGAUUUUUGGGUUUACAUUUUUCUAACCCAAAAAUCUUAUAUAUUAUAGUGUCUUAGACUUUUUGCAUUGACUUUUGCAGUAUAUUUAUUAAUUGAGAAAUUG